AGGAGGAACAGGAGGUUCCAGUGCCCCCUGUGGCCGCGGCUGCGGGACCAUCGCCCCCAGCACGUCCUGAAGGGUUUGUCAUUCUCAAGCUGUGGCUAAAUGGAAGAGGUGGAAAAGCCCCAGAGAUCCUGCAUGUGGAGGGGCUGCAAACCCAGCCCAGGGAGCUGUGGGGAGGAAAGAGCCCUCCUGAGUCAGGAAGAUGGCCGGAGAUCCAGCGAGAGCUCAGAGCUGGUGGAGAAGCCUCAUGGCAGGGAGGAAAGCUUAUGUUUCCUUCUUGCUGGUUGGUGGAGACAUUGCUGUGAUCUUGUUGAUGACAUCAGUGGGAAUCUGACGCCAUCCAUCUUGCACUUUACUCCAGGAACUGGAUUUUUUUGGGCAGGUCCCUUGAUUUUGCUCUUCUUGAUGGUGAAGCUGGCUUCCAGCAGAAUCUGGGUGAUCCUCUCUCCUUUCUCAAACACUUCCAUUGCUGUGUUCCCCCACACAAUGAUGUCAUCGAUGUAUGACAAGUGCCCUGGAGCCUCACCCCUUUUCCAGUGCAGCCUGGAUCAGUCCAUGGCAGAUGGUGGGGCUGUGCUUCCACCCCUGGGGCAAUCGGUUCCAGGUGUACUGCAUGCCCCUCCAGGUGCAAGCAAACUGAGGCCUGCAUUCUGCUGCCAGAGGAAUGGAGAAAAAUGCAUUGGCAAUGCCAAUGGUGGCAUACCAUUUCACUGCCUUGGACUCCAGCUCGUACUGGAGUUCCAGCACGUCCGGCACAGCAGUGCUCAGUGGUGGAGUCACUUCAUUCAAGCCACGAUAGUCCACAGUCAAUCUCCAUUCUCUGUGAGACUUGCGCACAGGCCAGAUGGGGCUGUUGAAGGGUCAGUGGGUUUUGCUGAGCACCCCUUGGCUCUCCAGCUCAUGGAUAAUUUUGUGGAUGGGGAUCACGGCAUCCCAAUUUGUCCAGUACUGCCGGCGGUGCACCGUCAAGGUGGCAAUUGGCACUCGCUGCUCUUCCACCCUCAGAAGUCCUACUGCAGAUGGAUUUGUGAUAGUCCAGGCAAAGUGUUCAAUUGCUUAAUGUUCUCUGUCUCUACAGCAGCUAUGCCAAAAGCUCACUUGAGUGUUUCUGGGUCCUUGUAAAGCCAUUCGGGAGGAAGUCUAUGCCCAGAAUCCACGGGGCCUCUGGGCCGGUCACAAUAGGAUGUUUCUGCCACUCCUUCCCAGUCAGGCUCAUCUCAGCUCCCAACGGGGUCAAUUGUGGGAUCCCCCUGUCACCCUGGCAAUGGAAACAGGUUCUGCCUCCACAUAUCCCGAUGGUAUCAGGGUACACUGCACACCAGUAUCAACUAAGGCAUCAUAUUUUUGUGGAUUUGAUGUGCCAGGCCAUCAGAUCCACACUGUCUAAAAGAUCCAGUUUGCCCGUGCCUCUUCCUGGCUAGAGGCAGGGCCCCUCUAGUCCAUGUUAUUUCUUUCCUGGGCAUACAUGGUAGAGGUUCCUUCAAGGGGAUCUGACAGAUCAUACUCAGCAGCUCGGUCAUGGGAGGUUGAGGCUACCUUCACUUUACUGGAGUUCCCUCGAUUAGUGUUUCCCUCCUUGAAUUGACGCACCCGUGCUGCUAGGACAGAAGUGGGUUUUCCAUCCCACCUUCCCAUGUCUUCCCCAUGGUCAUGCAGGGAGAACCACAGGUCAGCCCCUGGGGGGUACCCUCUCUGUCUAGCUGGGGAACAUUGGGCUCUGACUUUGGGGCCUGUGACUUGCACUGGUGCCAUAUGGGAACUGUUGCUCCUCACUGUGACGGUGUUCACAGGGGUCCCAGAAUGAGGGAAGAGAUGAGAAUGUUGACUCCAUGUUUCAGAAGGUUUGAUUUAUUAUUUUAUGAGAUAUAUUAUGUUAAAACUAUACUAAAAGAAUAGAAGAAAGGAUUUCAUCAGAAGGCUAGCUAAGAAUAGAAAAAGAAUGAGUAACAAAGGCUUGUGACUGACCAAGACAGUCCAGACAGCUGGACUGUGAUUGGCCAUUAAUUAGAAACAACAACAUGAGACCAAUCACAGAUCCACCUGGUAAUUCCACAGCAGCAGAUAACUAUCAUUUACAUUUUGUUCCUAAGGUCUCUCGGCUUCUCAGGAGGAAAAAAUCCUAAGGAAAGGAUUUUUCAUAAAAUAUGUCUGUGACACCUUACCUCCUCCCUCAUCUCCUCUUUGAGAUUUUUAAUCACAGCAGAGACAUGAGCCAGCAUUGGGCCAUUGAUCAUACUGUCAUAAUUUCUAAGCUUGUUGGCAACAGAGCCCACUGUCUCUCGGUUGGUGUCGGCAUUAAUCGUUGAAAUAAAGGUGGUGUAUUGAGAUAGCCCCAGAUUUACCAGACUCCACAACAUUUGCGUUGUGCACCUGACCUUGUUGGGGUCAUUAUCAUGCUGUCCAUCCCUCCCAAAGAGUACCUCCAAUACUGCCACAUCUCUCAGCUGUUGGAUGCCUUCCUCAAGGGUCUUCCAGCAUAUUCUGUGGUGGUGCUCCUGCAUGCUCUCCCUGUGGACAAACCUCUCUCUGGCACUCAUUAAAAGCCACUUCUAGAGGGAAAGGGACCCUGGCUCCCUUACAAAAAUCUGAUUCAUACCUGAGUCCUGGGUCAAGGAUCCCAAAUGCCUUGCCUCACCACCAUCUAGUACAGGACACCUGUACUUAUAAGGUCCCAAACCCUAAGUAGCCAGGUUGUAUAAGUCUCACAUCCCCAUCAUACAAUGUCUUUGUGCAGAUUUUGGAGAUUUUCGUACGUCAGGGACUCGGUGACAAUCUCAACCUCUGGAUCUGCUGAGGGUUGUGAGGGCUUUUCCUUAUCGGGGUGCUCUGCUUUCAUCUUAGAUCUCCUUGUUUCUACAGGGGCAACUGCUGCUGGCUGUGACUGCCUUUGCAGUUCAGCAGGAACCCGGACAGUUGUAACAACUGUGGGUUCCAUUGCUGCACUAUUAAACUCUCCCUCUUUGAGGCACUGGAAGGGCUUCUCAUGAGCUUGAGAAAUGUGCUUUAUCUCGCGUAUCUCUCCCUCACCAGAACACCCAUCCAAUCUGGGUAGUUUAUAGCUGAGAUGGGCUGUGGGAGAGGGUCAGGCUCUGGGGCAGCAUCUGUUGUCUUUGGGGUAGGUGUCAGGGUGGUGCGGGAUCCCUGAAAAAGGGGGGCAGGGGCCUCCCAGAAAUCUGACUGGGCUGUAGGGGAGUCCCAGUCCCAGAUAAUGGGGUUUAGGGGAAUCCCAGUCCUGGAAAUGGAGAUUCAGGGGUGUCCCAGUGCCCAGGAAUGGGGGUUCAGGGGGGUUCCCGUGCCGAGAUUCAGGAUUCAAUGGGAUCCUGAGCCCCAGGAAUGGGAGAUCGUGUGGGUCCCGGUGCCAGAUAAGGGGGUGCAGGGGGUCCUGCUGCCAUGAAAGGUUCACAGGGUCCCUGUGCCCAGGAACAGGGACUCAGGGGGGUCCUAGUGCUAGGGAAGGUGAUAGAGGGGGAUCACAGGACCCAAAAUGGGGGUGCAGGGGAAUUCCCCUGCCCAACCAACAAUGGAGGUUAGGGGGUUCCCAUUGCCCGGAAAUGGACAUUCGGAGGGGUCCCUGUUGGGAUUUUAGCUGACUAGAGAUUGGAAAAGUACAAGGCCGUGGCUAAUUCCAAGUCCUGCACCUGCAAGAUAGCGUGUCCUUGGGCCUAGCUGUAGUAUGAUAACAAAUAGUGAAAGAGACAUGAGAACAAGAGAGAUGUAACCCCUAAGGAAUGGGGAAGAGCUGAUGUUGUGGUGUGGCCAAUGGACGGUGUAAAUUACAGAAUAUUCAUGAGUUUAUUACUUGCUGUAUAAGUGUCUGAUGCUCUCUUCAAUAAAACAGAACUUGCGGAUGACUCA